GUGGGCUGGGAAAUGGAAUGACACCGUUGAUCAUAUUGCAAAGCAGGUCAUACAACAUGAUCAUAAGGGGUUAUUGGCGAAGUUGACAAAGCUUGCCAAUGAUGCUGAUCAUCAGGUGCAGAAGUUGCAUGGCUUCCACAAGUUUUGGGUGGCGGCCACUGCCAAAGCUAUGGCUAAGUCGGCCGAUCGUCACAAGCUGAUGCCACAAUCCAUUCCGAACUUUGAUGAUUAUUUUUCCCAAAGGGCUUGGAACUUUCCGUUUAAGCAUUUGGGUGACAACAUUGGGGCUGAUGCUCCUUUCGGUUAUGAGUUCACUGUUAGGUUCCUUCGGUGGUUCCAGCAAGUGGGAUUCAUUGCGGUUGUUCCGACCGAGCAGAUGUCGAGUUUGCUUGCGCUUUACGUUGCUUUCGCUCUGUCCACCAGGACCAUGACUCCGGCUUAUGUGCGUGCUUUCUAG